UGUUUAUUGAACUCCAAUCAACCUCGGUGUGUGAAAACUAUCAGUACAGCCCGAAAAAAAGGACGCGGGGGUGUUCGAGUACGUGUCUUAGCGUAUAAGCAUUUGCCUGCACAUUUACCUUUCCCAACAAAUUUGUUAUUAACAAGUUGCAACUCGGGUUUUUGCAGUGAUUUACAGAACCUCACGAUUCCAACUUUUGUUGUGUUCGAAACAAUUUGCUUACAGUGCAUUUUUGUUCAAAUCUUCAUGUUUAAAUCGUGCAAACCGUGUGCGGCAACUAUACCAUCUUCAACUAGCUCUCCUAUCAAACUUGCAACUAUCAUCUCGUAUUCUAUUAGUUUUGAAACAAACAACCGUGUGCGAUUUCAACUUAUCACCGCUUUAUGCCGUCAAUCUAGUGUUUCAAAUUAACACCGUUUUCUAACUACAAGUAACAUCAGCAGUAUUGACCCAUUUUCGUACACAACAACAACAACUAAGGAUACUAAUAAUGGAUACGGUUUGGGCUACAUUUGUGUUAUUCAGUAUCGUCAUCAUUUAUGGACAAACGUAUGGACAAUCAACAGUCAAUGUUCAGCUCGUAUUAAGAAAAUACGUGGAAAGGGGAAGUGCGGUGGCACUGUAUUGUGAAAACGACGUAUUACCCGAUAUUUUGUACAAAGUAACCUUUCUUAAAGAAGACAACAAAAUAUUUGAAUAUAUUAAAGGACGUAGCCCACCAUAUCGAAAUUUUAGCAUACCAGGAGCUGAAAUUGAUUGGAAAAAGGUUACUCCAUCAACACUGACUCUGAAGAAUCUAGACUACGACGCAUCAGGCUCGUACUAUUGCGAAGUAUCAACUGAUACGCCGAUCUUCACCAAGGCAUCAAACGAUGAAGUAUUGCACGUCAUGCUGCCACAGAAGGGACCACCAACGAUUGAAUUUGCAAAAAAACAGCUGUAUUAUGGUGAUAUGCUUAUUGCAAAUUGUACAACAUCACGAGCUCGUCCAUCUCCUCACAUUACGUGGUUGAUCAAUGGCAAACCGGUUGAUGAUGCUCAUGUUAGGCAGUUACAUCACAAUUCUAAAAAUAGUCACCGGUCGAAAGUUCAACAUGGCCUCGGACAACAAAUUCCUGUUUACCACGGGAAGGUUAUCGGUUCUGGAAUCAGUUCUUCUGGGAGUAGUAGUUUAAAGGAACUCAAGCAACGCACUAAAGCGGUUGAGACGGAUUUCCAAGAUAAACUAUCGAAAUCUACUAUCCCGAUGGGGAUGGGUGCAGGCGUAAACAGUGGUAUCGAAGGAUAUUCUAGAAGCUUCGAGAUACAGCCUAAUAUAGCGUUCAACAAUUUCGAUGGUGGCUACAACUAUGGCGUUAAGAUGCAUCAUCCUGGCCGGGAAAGAAAUGGAGGAAAUACAAUUGGAUUAUUAACUGGAGCUUUUGGAGGUUCUGCGUACGGGACUUUUGGUGGUAUGGCCGGGCUUGGAUCGCUAGGUACUGGGCCUGGACUUGGCGCAGCUGACAUAAUUGUAGAGGAGGGUAAUAAAAAGAUUUGGCAGCGAAAUGACUACAACUACAAUAACAACAACCACUACGACAAUAAGCAGCUACAAGAGCAACAGCAACACUAUGACAAUGGAUAUAGGAAACAUCGUCCAAUGUAUGAUCACAAAUACCGACGACAUGUCAAUGAGGGCGAAACACGUAAAAGUCACAGAGUUUUUGCCUCAUACAGUCAACUAUCUAUCCGCAUAACAGAGGCUUUAACUAACAAUGUGGGUCGGAUAGAAAUCACCUGUUUAGCAACAAUUCCAGCACACGUGGAGCCGGGGGAGCAGUAUGCUGACUAUAAGACCUCGCUAAUUAAACUUGACAUCGAACAAAACGAUCAAACAUCACCACAACCAUCAAUGAGUGGUAUGGCUGCUUUCGGUAAUUCUGGAGCGACGAAAAACAGUUUAUUUUCGGUUCCAUUCCGCAUCCAUUUAGUAGUUGCUGUAGGCAGCGUUCUGUUAGUCCUAUGCAUUGCUAAUUGUUGCAUAACUGCACUGUUUGUGUAAACCUCUCCAUUUAAUUAAUAUAACCAUGUAUGAGUGAUCGAACCCGUGAAAGUUGAUAUGAUUAUAUUCUGUGUUUAUUUUUCACGAUACGAUUCAAGUGUCUAAUUUUUGCUCGUUUGAAGCGAAGUGAAAAAAAAAACAAUAUCGUGUGUUAAACAAGCACGACACAUGUGUUAAGUAAUGUAAAAAAAAAAAAUGCGACUGAAAACUAACAAAAACUGGCCGCUAGAAGCAUAUUCAUACGGUUCAUUUUCUUCGGUUUUACAUGUGCAAUGCUCUUUUCAACACUUUUCCGAAAAGAAACAAAUUGCAGUAACAUUGCUAUUUCCUUGUAAAAUACGCAACGUUCGGAUCGAACAAAUGAGGCUGUGAGAUGCUCCCAAAACCAAAUAAAAAUGUGAAGCAGUGCAAGUUGAUAACAGUGUAGACCAUUGAAAGGAAUGCGAUAAUAUGGAAAUGUUCUAUCAACCAUCAGCCAAUGAGCGUUUGAAAAAGAAUCACAAUGAACAACGAACAGAAUUGCGCACGCAGGAGUUAAUCGCAGUAUGUAACACAUUUUCAUAUUCAAGAGUAUCUUGAUGCUGCCUUCAGACAUUUGUUGAUGGUGGAAAACUUUUUUCACCAAACAUAUUUAUUUAUAUCUCUUACAUGUUCUGUACAUCGAUUCACACUUAACGCAGCAACAAACAAACUGAAUUGAAUCCCAUGUGUCACAAUAAAUGUAAUGUACGUUCUUUUGAAUGCGAAUACGUUUGUAUUAGAAAGGAUGUUAGGACAUUACUGAAAGCUCCGGUGAACGUCAGCCAGCAGAUAACUAAGGUUCCAGGUGGAGGUUAAAUGUGGCACCAAGGCGUUGAAUGUUGUUUUCCGCAUUAUUUCCGUGGUGUGGACGUAUCAGACGAUGAAUUUGAGCUGAAUCUUUCAGUGGAUGGAAUACCCAUUUAUAACCGUAGCGCUAUACAGAUGUGGCCUAUACUGAUGCAGUUGCACAAUAUGCCGAAUGUUCCUGUUAUGGUGGUAGGGAUAUUUUGCGGCACUUCAAAACCAUCCGAUGUUGAGCCUUUCCUGAGACCUUUAGUGGAGGAACUUAAUAGGCUACAUGAUAACAAAAUGACCCUGAAUGGCAAAAAAAUAUCUGUUUCGGUUAGAGUUAUUAUCGCUGACUCGCCUGCACGUGCAUUUAUUAAACAGGUUUGCUACUACAACGGAGUAAACGGGUGCUUAAAGUGUAAAUGCUGUGAAACUUCCCUAAAAACUCCAAAAAAAGUUAUUUUCGAGGAUACAAAAGCACCACCAAGAACAGAUAAGGAAUUUCGAGAUGAAAACCCCAGUUUUACAGGCCAUCGGAGAGGUAAAACACCUCUUACGGAUUUAAAACGAUUCGACAUGAUAAAAUGUAUAGCUACUAGUGAUUUGCUACAUUUAAUACAAUUAGGUAUAGUUUUCAAACUUCUGCUAGGUUGGGUCGAAGGAGCUUUUGCUCCUUUUAAAAAAUGGUGCAAAGAAGAUGUUAUUGAAACAUCAGAAAAGCUUAUCAGCAUAUUAUUGCCCUCAGAAAUCCAUAGAAAGUUUAGGUCCCUGAAUUAUUUGCACUUUUGGAAAGCUACAGAAUUUGGUAGUUUUUUGCAUUACGCAGGUAUAGUUGUUUUGCAAGAUAGAAUAGGAAAACUAGCAUAUGAACAUUUUAAAUUAUUGUAUUGCGCUAUAACUAUAUUAUCGUCUCGGGCAUUUAAGGAUCAGUGGGAAUAUGCAGGAACAUUAUUGAAGCAAUUUGUAGAGGAUUACAGUGUUGUUUAUGACCGUGUACAUCUUGUUAGUAACGUUCAUCUUUUGCUUCAUGUAUACGAAGAGGUAAACAGAUUAAGCCCUUUGAUAACUUUUUCGACGUAUGCUUGUGAAAAUAUGCUACAGAUAAUUAAACGUAACAUCUGGUUAUAGAAGUUUACAUCAAGCUAUAGGAAAAAUUAUAUUAUUGCGAGAUAUAAAAACUGCUAGUUACCAGGAAAGUAUAACGUAUCCGAAACUUAAAGUAAAAAAGGAUGAAACAUUUUAACAGGUUAGACAGGGGUUUUUGUUACGGAAACAGUUUAGGGAUUGUUGGUUUUUAACUAAAAAGAAUAUUAUAGUCAAAUACGAUAAAGCCAGCCGAUAACCACCCUGUGCCUGUACCGCUGUACCAAGACAGCUCGCAAUGACAGUUGUACUGUGCUUGUAGAGGUGUGUGUGCGGUGCAGGACACGUUCGACAGAUCGUUCUACGAGGAGAGAUCGUUGACCGUCCGGACAGAGCAGACCACCUUUUUAACGUGUCAUAGUGUUUGUCAUAAUUUGUAUUAAUAAAUAAUACAUAAUAAAUUAAUAAUAAGCAAUAAAUUUAAUAAAUAAGCAAUAGUACUAAAGAACACAAAAGGUUAAAUAGGCUAAAUAGGUUAAUUAGGUUAAGUAGGUUAAGUAGGUUAAGUAGGUUAAAUAGGUUAAGUAGGUUAAGUAGGUUAAAUAGGCUAAGUAGUUGUGCCUAAGUAGUUCGUCAUCUUCCCACCAUUUACUUAGCCACAUAUUCAAUUCAAUUUAGAAGGAUGAAAGCUAGAUUUUUUUUAAAUUCAGGUGAUCUUUGCCAUAUCGAAGCUUUAGUUUAAAAAAAUCUUCCACGUCUUUUUCAGUGGCCUGUUGGAAGGAAUUGCUACCUAUGGCUCUAAACAGUUCUAAUAUGUUCGAACCUCACGUUCUGUGCAGGCGACAUCAGCUGGCUUGCGAGUUGAACUUUCCUCUUCACUGGAUUGUUUUAGAAACGAGAUAGCUUUGAUGAAACAGGAAUCAGCAUCAUCAAUUCGUUCCGUGAACGAUUUCAUCGACUCACUUACUGCUUCUCACUCAAUGGAACGCAACUACUCACAGGCUCCACUACUCACAACGCUUGAUGAAGUUAAGCAUGGCAUCAAGGGGCUUGAUCUCAUGCACCGUGAGUUUCUCACUUCGUUCAACUCACUAAUGAACAAGCUCAACUCUCAUCUUGCCACGCAUACUACUAUAUCGAGUGCUCACCAUUCCGCGGUUCCUGCUACGCACUCAACGACCACGAAUCCAGUUGCGGCCUCUAAGCUCACCCAUCAAGCUGUUGGUGAGAAUCCUUCCAAACGUCGAUUGAUGGAUCGUUCUCCCGACCCGUCGCCUACCAAUACCGUUACACGUGCUAUGCUGUCAUCGGGUACAGGGUUGUCCUGCAAUAAUAUUACGACCGUUCCUGAACGCCCACCCCGUACUUGGGUCUUUAUCUCCCGUAUUGCUCCUGAUACUCCGAUUGAAGCGAUCCGUGAAAUGGCCUGUUCCAACAUAGGGACAGACGACAUCUUGGUAUACAGCCUUGUACGACGCGACCGGGAUCUUUCUACGCUCUCCUACGUAUCUUUUAAAAUUGGUGUACCGGAUUCGCACCGGGCUAUUGCUUUGGCUGCUUCAACCUGGCCUCGCGGGAUCUCU